GUGCUUGGAGGGCCACUGGGUGCCAUCGUGGGCGGAUACAACGAAGCCGACUGGCUCCACCAGGAGAUGUUUUCCAAGUCUCCAGCGGAUGCGGUGAAGGAGUCCUUCGAGCUGCUCGGCUUCGGCGACGUCAGGGAAGGUGACUGGUCUGGUGUCAUGGUGGAGGAAGUCUCCCUCGCCUACCGUCGCCAGUGCCUUCGGGGCCAUCCCAGCAGGGGAGGUCCUGCAAGGGGCUACUUGAAGUUGCAGGUGGCCAUGGAGGUCAUCCGUGCAUUUUGUGGAGAAGCCGGUCCCCUCACGCCCGAACCAGCAGAGGAG